AUGAGCUUCCUCUCUCUUACAAUAACAGCUUUGUUUCGAUCACAGACCAACGAGGAAAAACUCCCAGCAUCCAUCAACAUGAACCUGAAGGUCCUCUGCCUCCUGCUGCUACUGUGUCUGUGUGAAGCCGCUCCCCACCGAGGCAGACAUCGGGGACGCAAGAGAUGGGGACGAGGUCAGGUUGAAAAGAAAUGGGAAAUUAAUAAGAUAAAAGGGCUUUGA